GUUCUACCACUCACUGGCACCGAUUGCCACAAGGGAAAUAUUUUUAAAAGUUAGAACUAGUAACUCUGCUGCCCAGUGUUUAUUUUUGGAAAUUCGUGAAUGUUCGUAAAUUUGGAGAAAAUAUCCUGUAUUCAUAUAUUCAUAACAUGGUACUAAGACUCCAACAAAAUGUCAUCUGAAAAUUGUUUGGUAAAAGCAAUUUAUUCAUUUAAAGGAAAAAAUAAUGAUGAGCUCUGCUUCAAAAAAGGAGACAUUAUAACUGUUACCCAGAAAGAGGAAGGUGGUUGGUGGGAGGGAACUCUAGGUGAAACAACAGGGUGGUUUCCAAGCAAUUAUGUUACUGAAUACAAAGAUCCUACUGGCUCAGUCACUACAUCACCAAUUAGAGCAGUAUCUGAAAUCCAGGCAUUCAGAAAUGUGGUGCUUAAAGAUAUUAUUGAUUCUGAGAAGGCUCAUGUUGCAGAAAUGCAAGGCCUUGUCAGUAACUUUCUGUUGCCAUUAGAGAAAAGUGAUAUGUUGACUAUGGAUGAAUUCAAGCAACUUACUGGAAACAUUAAUGAAGUAUUACAAAUUCAUGAACAAUUCCUAUCUCUCCUUGAAGAUUGUGCCACUAAAACAGGCCCUGACCAGAGGGUGGGAGGUUUGUUCCUUCAGUGGGCCCCAAAAAUAAAAUCUGUUCACCAAACUUAUUGUGCUGGACACCCAAAGGCAGUAUGCAUUUUGGAUAAAUAUAAAGAAGAGUUAAAUACAUGGAUGGAAAGUGCAGGUGCGGUUUGUCCUGGGGUGCUCGUACUAACUGCAGGACUAUCGAAACCUUUCCGCCGUCUCGGCAAGUACCCUGCUAUGUUGCAAGAACUGGCGAGGCAUGUACACGAAGCCCACCCUGAUAGGGGCGAUACUCAUCGCGCUUCUGUCGUGUAUAAGGAUAUUGCUAGCGCUUGCACAGCUUUACGGCGUCAGAAAGAGCUGGAAUUGCAAGUGGUAACUGGCGAGGUCCGGGGCUGGCCCGGCGGAGAACUGUCAGCAUUAGGAGACGUCCUUCACAUGGGCAGUGUGGCUGUGGGGCCCUCCCAUCAGGAUCGAUACCUAGUUCUGUUCCCUUCGUCGCUGCUGUUACUGUCAGUCAGCAAAAGGGUGUCUGCUUUUGUUUAUGAGGGCUGUCUUCCUUUGACGGGCAUAACAGUUGCCAAACUAGAUGAUACUGAAACACGAAAAAAUGCAUUCGAAAUAAGUUCCCCAAUGAUUGACACUAUAGUAGCAGUGUGUCAAACCAAAGCGGAGGCUGACAACUGGGUUAGCCUGCUCCAAAAACAUUCUAACACCAGUAGCCCUGCCCAUGAACCUGGACAGCCACAAUCUUUACCUCAUAUGACCAUGAGCGACAGUAAUAACUCGGAUCUAUCGUCCGGUCUAAGCAGCCACAAAAGAUCACACUCAUUUAACAAUCAUCAAAGCUACACACAGCACACGCAACAAACUCAGAAAAAUAAGCAAAAGAAUCAUUCCGCACGCUGGCUCCUGAAUUCCUGCGACGCCCUUGACCAAUCGCCCGCCAAGUCCAAUAAAAGUCCCAUUGGGAAGAAAUUUUCAUCUGUUGAUUUCAUCGAUACUUCUGGAUCAAACUACAGCAAUAAAGGAUGGAGCAUUACCUGUCUCCGGCCAGCGCCUCCUCUCCGACCGCAGUCAUUCACAGUGGGCUCGGACGAGAACAUAGGUCCGACGCACCCUUACGCCCCGCACCAACGGAAGUCCAACUCUUAUGAAGAAGACGCCCUUAUCUUGAAGGUCAUCGAGGCGUAUUGUACUUCUGCACGUUGCCGAAACGCUGUCAGUUCCGUGGACUGCGGCCACUUUUCUGUCGGUAAAGUACAAUAUCACGCACCCGCUACUAACAAACUUCACUAUAACUAUACUAAACUUCCGAUCGUCCAGCGAAGCGAGACACCCGAGCAGCAAGGGUGUAGCAGGUCGUCGAAAAUAAAAAGAAACAAAAGCUCAUCGGCGGCGGAUGCAUACCUGUAUCGCGGCCCGGAGACAAGGCGGCUCUUAUCCGAACGAAAGUUUCACUUGAACCGUUCCAAUCCUAAUCUGUGGGAAUGUUCGGAGGAGCGCAAGCCGAAAUUGAUCUGUGGUCGGGAGCGGCGCAGCGGCUCGCACCCCAGCCUGGCUCCGCUGCGAGUCCAGCCCGCCCCCGCGCCCGCUCCCUCUCGUUCAGCCCGCUCAUCCACGUGGUGCUGUGGCACAUUCGUCAAACAGCUCACUAAAUCACAUCAUUUUGAUUGACAUAAGUAGAUUCUUGAGUAUUAGCUCACAUUAUGAUUGAUUCCACAUGGAAUUUACCUAUUCCACAUAUCCGCUCUAUUCAUUGAUCAUCCGAACUAAUUUCUUUUUCUUUUUUAAGUUGUGCGUGAUUGCAGUUAGUUUUUACCUUGAUUCUCAACAUUAACCAAAGUCCAAUCCAUUGACUAAUAAAUUGUUUUGUACAGUCUCAUAGAUUUGCAUGUCUAUUUAUAUAAUUAGUAUUAAAUGCUUUUAGCAAGUAGGAUAUGAGAAUGCGAUGGAUACUUUAAUUAUAAUCUGUAAUUUUGUAACUUUAAAGUGCCAUAUAUAUGCUUUAGAAGCGUGUUAUCUAUGUUAACAUAGAUUUAAAAAUAUUAUAUUGCAAGUUUGCAGUAUUACGUAGAUAAUAAUAAUAUUUGCUUAAUAAUAGGAUAUAAGAGUUAAACUUUAUGGUGCAUUAUUUGAUUUGUGACAUAAAUUGCAUGUUUUGGUUGUAUAGUAUUAAGUUAUACAUUUUAUAUUGUACAAAAGGGUACGAAUUAUAUUUAGCAUUGUUUUUAAAUUACUGACAUAGGUAUAUAAAUAUAAGACAACUAAUUGCGUGAUACCUAUCACUAUAGAUUUAUAUUAAUGGUGCCAUGUCUGAGAUUUAUUCGGCUUAUUGCAUUGUCGUAACUUCUUCGUCAACAUGACAGGCAUUAAGGUGCUUUUACCUGGUAGAAACCAGAGAUGUGCUAAGCAAAUGUGCUGUGAGGAAAUGUCUAGCUAAGCUAUACCAUUAAAGAUUUGACGAUUAGGAUUGGCCAACCAACGAGAUAAAAAGCUUAAUUUAAUCUGCAAAAAUAUUAAUUACCGUAAAUAUCUAAACUACAUUUUCAUGGAUAAAUGUGCCACCUCGCCAAGAGAUAGCUAUGAGUGGACGAUGCAUACCUCGAGUACUGCGAUCUAUCGACAGGGGCAAAAGCAUUCUUAGAUCGUGGCCAUCUUUAGGUAUCAUCAUAAGUCACGCUUCUCUCCCGGAGAGGUAGGCGGAGACCACAUUUUCCCACUUGCCACGGUUCCUGCAUACUUCUUUCUUCGUUCAUAAAUCUCUUCAUGCAAGCUUGUCGAUUCCGGGUACACUUGACCUGACCUUUUGCCAGAAUGUCUCUAAUUUGAUCUUCUAUGCCUUUCCACUGCAACAGUCCCAUUCUCACUCUCUUUGUAUAUUUGCUUUGUUAACCUACCUACAUUCAUAGCAUAGUUGAAUUCGCAUUUACAGAGACGAGCAUAGCACAUUUCUGGUAGCAAUGCACUGUCUCUCUUGAUUAUUGUAUCUUGACAAUUUAACUGGUUAGGUUAAAUUUAACAAAAUAAUUUUCAAAUUUGCUCACUGUUUGAUGCUUUUCAAAUCAGUGAGACUUGAUUAACUACUUUACUCGUCGAUUUUCCAGAAUAAUACAAAAACUGCAUUAUGUCAUUAUUGUGCAUUGUGGUUCAAACUCGUAUUCUCUUGAGUUUUUUUUUAUUAUAUUGUGUCAAAUAGUAAUAAAAAAAUAUAUAUUUUUAUGUACUUGACUUGUGUGAUUAAUUUUAAUUAAGAGUUAUCUUUUACCUAUACGUAGAUAGGAGAAUUACUAAAUCAUGUAAACUUUUAUCCAAUUUUAAGUUUCGUGUAGAGCGGUUCAGAUGGGCAGUAUUCCAACAAAUGUUUCAGAAACUUCAAUAACAAAUGUAAACCCAUUUGUUCCCAUGAUUUUAUAUAAACGAAAAAUACAAUCCGUAGUGCACCUGACGUGCAAAAUGAAUACUUCAUAAUCUGAGUUAGUAAUGCCCAACGCAAAUAAUACUUUGUUUUCCAAGCUAUUCCACAAAAUAAAUGUUAAAACGAAAAAAGUAUCGCGUUCAUUCUGUCGCGGUAUUUUCAUUUAAUUCAUUGUAUCCUUUGCUACUUGAAUCAGUGCUGGAAUUUUAAUUUAUUCAUUAUUUUCUCGCAGUAAUUCAGCGAAGGUCGAAUAAUGCAAAACGCAGAGAGAAGGAACUGCUAAUAGAGACAAGUGGGGCAGGUUAUUAGAUUGUGCAGUAGGUAAUCACGGCGGGCAGCGGCCGGCAGGCGCGUGCCAUUCGUUUAAUAUUGAACAGGAUAGCGCAGUAUUCUGCCUGCAACAUUUACAUAUACGAGCGUUCUCUCAAACCAGUGCCAACUGCAAUAUUCCCAAUCUCGACGCGCAUACUUCACAUACUAUUGUGUUUAGACGAAUAACAACAAACAUUAGAAUUAAGCACAAAGUUCUACUUCUUUUACUGUUAGAAAAUAACAGAUCAUAGAUUUUAAUUUUUGCCGACUCGUUCAAUGAAUAUUAAAUGCAUAGCAAUGUGUCAGUGUCAUAUCUCAUUAGGGAAAAAGGGGAACUAAAAACUAGUAUGAGCUUGUCAAGCGAAAGCUGGCACUGAUUAAUUGAAGUGGAAACUGAAAAAUCUGCUCACGUCACCGACUCAUUACUAUUAUGUUUUACGAUGAACAUCGAAAACCAAUAUGUAUUUAAUUAAACUUUAUGUGGGUGUAGGAUAUGUUUUCUUGCAUAUUAAGGUAUAAGUAUAUGACAAAUUAAUAUAAUAAGUUAAUAAUGUUUUAACAAAACCUUUCUUUUAUUUACGCAGAUAGACAAUAGGUAUUUUUAUCAAUUAUGAGUGGAGAAAAAAAGAACAACGCAAAGCAUGUGAACAAACGUCAGUGUUCACAUUUAUAUUUAGAAAUCGUUAUUCAACUAAACCUCCAUUUAACUAAUCUAAAGUUAACAAGAGUGACAUUUUUAUUUUAAUAAUAUGCUUUAGUUUGUUGUUGCAUUUCAUACGAUUGCCACGAAGAUUGCAUCACUCAAUUAAAUUUUAUGCCACCCGUUGCUACAAGUUUAUUGACUAACUGCGCAAUCUAUUCCCUGUUUAUUUCCCCAUAACUCGACAUUACAGCCAGGUAUAAAAAACACAAUUUGCAGUUCGCAAUGUCGCAGAAUUGUUACUUGAAACGGGGCCAGGUUCUAAGUUAUCUCUUCUAAAUAUUGAUCCAUAAAGCGUGCGAUUUCCAGUGUUUGAAUUUUACGACUUUUUGAUGAAAUAUUUUGCAAAAUAGUUACUGAAAAGAUUUUAAUUAUUUAGUCAGAAAUUUUUUACGACACUCAUUACACAGGUUCAUUUAUCAAGAGUUUUAAUUCGGUAACAAGUUGUAUUAAUUAUAUCGUGGCAAGUGAAAAGAUGUAGUCUCUGCCUACCCCUCCGGGAAAGAGGCGUGAUUUUAUGUAUGUAAACACUACAUCAUCUUACCAAAGGCUCCAUCGGCUAAGUAGAUAAUGUGCUUUUACAUCUACUAUAGGUAAUAUAUAAGACUUUUGAUUACAUUGCCCCCAUCGUAGUGACGUCUUUUGUUAUAAAAUAAAUAUUUUAGCAGUUCACUCUCAGCCGUACGUGAUAACGACCUCUGGAGGCCGGGUAAAGCCGCGGCGUUGACAACACACGGCCCUACACUUUGCUCGCGCGAGCUUUGUCAUUUAUUAUUAAGAUUAUUAUAGUACGGUUUCAGCGGUGUCGUUUCUAUUUAUUACAGUCAUUAGUUACAUAUUUUAUUCCUUUAUGUUUAAAGAUAUAUGUUGUAUACCCAAGUGAUGAAUUUAGUAGAAAUUAAAAUAAAUUUUAGCUUAACUGAGUGUUCCUUAAUUAUGUUUUAUUAUUUUCUUGAAUUUAUUGUACAAAUGAUCGUCGUAGGUUGACAGUAAAACUAAUCCGAUUGAAUAUAAUGUUGUUUUAUCAUUAUUUCCAAGGCAUACAUUACUCAAAUUCCAUUUUGAUGGUGUAGUGAAGCGGGUAUGGUAAGACAAUAGAACUUUCAAUAUGAGUUCAAAUAAUCGCAGUGACACAGGGUUAUAUAUCAAAGUUUACGCUAUUUUAAUAAUAUUAUGUACACGAAAAUGACAUGCGUAAUAAAUAGGUAACAAUUUUGUUCAUAAUCAUAAUACUAACAUAAAUUCCGAUUAUGUUAUUUAAUUUGUAAUUUUUUUAAAGGUUUAGAUAUACGAAAGCUGCCUAUAAAUGACUGGUAUUAAACUAGAAAAAAACUAUAACCAUAAAAAAGAUAACGGUUUUAUUUAUUGAUAAAAAUAUGAAAUAACAAUAGCUUAGUGUAAAGAACCUGAUUCCAAUAAGUUUCAGUAUUAUUUCGCAGUUCAUUAUCAGGCAGCACUUAAUUUUUUUACUUAUAUAGCUUAUUCCUCAUCUAGUCUUUCUUUUAAACACAUAAAACAACAUAAUAUUGAACUUAAUAUGAUUGAAGUAAUGAUAAUUUCAGAUUCAAAAUAUUCUCUGUCUUAAAAUAUUUCUAUCGAUGAGGUGUAAGUUACUUGUAAAGAAUGCAUAACUUAAUAUAUAUUUAGUCUUUGUUAUAAAUAUGAUAUAUAUACAAUAUAUAUCUAUUUUAUUGGGUUUAAUAUAACUAUAUAGUUGAGUUCUGCUAUAUUUAUUUUUUUAUUGAAAUAUAUUGAUAAGUAAUUUUAAAUAAAUUUUCAAAAAGUCUUGCAUACUAAAAUUAUUUCAUUUAAUUGUUAACCUUAAUGUUCUACGUAUCUACAUAGGCCAGCCACUCAUGCAGCAGUAUUAUUUUAAGUUAAGAAACUAAUGUUUCACGUGGAAUGCGUCUACAAGUACACACCUAGUAUUAAAAAUAACGCAAGAUUGCUAUAACCAAUAAUAGCCUACUUAGUUCGUUAAUAGAAAAUCUGCAAAACCUCUGAUGUUAACGGAUGACGGCACCUCGCCCAAUCUCGAAGCCUGCUCUUGAUUGCCCGAUCUUAUCUGGUAUUUCUAGUCCAAUAUUUCACAAUUUCAUGUGCCAAAAAUUUUAAAAGAUAUUCUCUAAAAGUUACUUAAUGUCACUUCCUUCAGAUUUAAUUCAAACGUUAUUGGUACAUAGUCACAAUUUACAUCUUAAUCGUAGCAAGGGUUCAAAAUACCAUUUUCUUUAGGUCUUUUGGAAAAUGGCAAAUAGGUUUAUAAAAAUUAACAAAUUUUUAAUAUAACAGUAUCCAUAUACCUAAAGGUGGGUAUCUUUGAUAAUUUUAUAUUCAAAAUAAUAAUUCAAGUCAUGUUGAUGUAACAGAUUAAAGAAACCAGUAAAAAGGCUACGUUUUAUGAUCAUGAAACAGAAUAUGAUUUGAAUUAUCACUUUGAAUAUCUGUAUGAAGUGAGAUCGUAUAGUAGACA